GGGGUAGCUUAGAUUAAAAAAAAGCAAAUUUUUAAUGAGCUUCUGAAACUUUUCUACUUGCCUGGGAUCAUGAUCCAGUGUCAUAGAGCCACUAGUAGUAGUAGCAGCUGUAUGGAUAAAAUGGAAAGAACAUUGAAGUUAGUAGGAGCAUCAGUAGCAGUAAAAUAUGUAGAUAAGAAAUUGUCUAUGUUCACCAUAUCCAAAUAAGCUAGCUUCUUGCUUUAUGUUCCAGACUUUAACUCAACUUUUCAUUUUGACAGGGGAAGUGAGGCACCAUCGGCUUCUCGUCCUAGACGUGGAGGACGCUCUAAGAGUACCAGCAUUCCUGCUCCUGCACCAUCUUCCGAUCCUGCUCCUGCUCCUGCACCGUCUACCGGUACCACCAAUGUACCUCCUGCUCAAACAAUAGACGAGGAGACAAUUUCAAGAAAAAGGAAAGCAAGAUGCAUUUAUUGCAAUGGUGUUCUUAUGGCUCCACUAAAUAUGGGACUUCUACUCUGCGGAAUCAUAAAGAUAGUUGUUUGGAAAAGAUAGAAAAGGGUGAGUUGAUAGUCGACCAUCUAUCAUCUUCUGGAGGCCAGGUACACACUCUUGGCACUUGAAAAUUCGAUCAGAUUGAUGCUAGGAGAGCUUUAGCGGAGAUGAUUAUCAUAGAUGAAUUACCAUUUAGGUAUGUUGAACAUGAAGGGUUCAAACGGUUUAUGGCUCGUGUUUGUCCAAUGUUUGUGUUACCUAGCCGUCAGACCGUUAGAGAGGAUUGUAUCAAGGUGUUCUUUGAAAAUAGAGAGUUUCUGAAGGACUAUUUCAAGACUAAGUGUUUAGGGAUGGUAUCGUUCACCACUGAUACUUGGACUUCUUUGUCCAAUCUCAAUUAUAUGUGCAUUACUGCUCAUUUCAUUGGUAGAGAUUGGAAAUUGCAUAAAAGAAUUAUUAACUUUGUCCAAGUUACAAAACAUUCUGGAAGUGAAAUUGGAAAACAAUUGGCUAGUUGUUUGGUGGAGUGGGGCAUUAGGAAGGUGUUUUGUAUAACUAUGGACAAUGCUAGUGUCAAUGAUGUGGUUGCUAUCCAUAUGAAGGAACAGUUGAAAGAGUGGGGAUCAGAUAUUUUGGAUGGAAAAUAUCUACAGAUGAGGUGUGUGGCUCACAUUAUUAAUUUGGCUGUGAAGGAUGGGCUUAAAGAAACUGGUAAAUCUGUGGAGCGAGUGAGAGAGUCUGUGAAGUGGGUUAAAUCUACACCAGCUAGGAGCAGAAAAUUUAAAGAUUGCACUGAGUUUCAAAAGAUAGUGUCGAAGAAAUUUGUUUCGUUGGAUAUAGCAACAAGGUGGAACUCAACGUCUCUGAUGUUGGAAUCUGCAAAGCCAUUUGAGAAAGCAUUUCAGACAUUAGCUAGAAAUGAUAAGAAAUUCAAGAAACAUCUCAAUUAAAAAAAAAUAUGGAAAUGAAAGCCUUGGUAUCACAACUUCUGAUGAUUGGUCUAGUGUGGGACGGUUGAUUGAUUACCUGAAGCUAUUCUAUGAUUUGACUGUUCGAGUUUCUGGGACUUCAUAUGUGACUUUACACCUCUUGUUUGAUGAGGUAUGUGAAAUGUAUACUAUGAUAUCUGAGUGGGCUGAUGGUAUAGAUUUUGAGGUGUCUUGCAUGGCUGAGAGAAUCAAGUCCAAACUUGCCAAGUAUUGGUUUGAAGAUGAGUUGGAGAAUUCCAAGAUGAAUCGGUUGUGUUAUAUGGCAGUCAUAUUAGAUCCUAGGCGAAAAGUUGAAUAUCUUGAACAAGCUUUGAAAAAGGUAUAUGGUGAGAGCAGGGGUAAAGCUUUGGUCGAAGAGGUGAAAGAUGAAAUGCGUCUUCUGUUUGACCAUUACAAGCAUAAACUCGGAAUUCAUGGCAGUUCUCCCAUUGUGAUUCAGGAAGAUGAGCAAGAACCUAGUGGAAGUGGGGAUGGGAAGAAGAAAGGGAAGAUUUGGGGUGAUUUCAGGAAAAUGAAAAGAGAUGCCAUUCUGAAAGGAACCAGAAAAAGUUCAAAAUCUGAGUUUGAUAGGUACCUUGAGGAGGAGGAGGAUGAUGAAGUGGUUACACGAGCAUUGGUGGGUUCAGAAGAGGAUGAAUACAAGUUUGACAUCUUGGGAUGGUGGUCGCGAAGUGAGAUGAAAUAUCCUACUAUUUCUGAGAUGGCUUGGGAUAUUCUUACUGUUCCUAUUUCCACUGUUGCUUCUGAGUCGGCAUUCAGCACAGGAGGUCGAGUUUUAGAUUCGUUUAGGACCUCUUUAUCCCCUGAAGUUGUGGAGGCUUUGAUUUGUUGUGAAGAUUGGAUAAGAUCUUCAGACUCCGAGUUGGUGGCUAAUGGAGAAGAUGAGGGUGAUGAAGUUGUAUUUCAAAAUGUAUAUGCAGCUUUUCAAGCUCGGAGUUCAAGUGCACCUGCAGGACCUAGUGGAAGCUCUCGUGCAGAACCUAGUGGAAGCUCUCCUGCUACCCAUGUUUUGGUCUCGAGUCCUACUAUUUCACAAGUGGAAGAAGACUAUGUCGACGACAAUUCUGAUGAGAAUGAUGAGACUUAUGUGGAUGUAGAGCCUGAUGAGGAGUGAUAAUGGUAGUAGUGUUUAUCUUGUAUGGUGGAUGAACUUUGAUUUUACUUGGAUGUUAUCAUUUGAGAAUUGUAAAACUAAUGUGUUUAAUUACGAGUUGAAGAUAAUCUCAUCUAUGAUUGUCGGUAUUUUAUGUUGAACAAAAUUAUUUAUAAUUUUGCGCCAAACACCAAAUAUUUUUUUGCAUAUGAUAGUUGAUAUACCUUCAAUUUUGGACCUAUGGUACAUUUAAUUAUAUGAAAAUCCACAAUUAAAUGGCCCAAAAGGUUGUAUUACUUAACAUAGCAAUACAUAAAAUUAUAAUAGUUAAAUAAGAAUGUACAAAUAAUAAGAAUAAAACACAUUAGUUUUA